UUCUCACUGUAGCUUAGCUUCGGCCCCCUCUCUCUCUCUCUCUCUCUCUAAGAAAGUCUCUGUCUCCGUCUUUGUUUUCUUCUUCAACUUCUCUCUCUCUCUCUCACGCACACUUUCCUUUCUCCUUCUCUUCCAAAUAUAAAAUCAAACCCCAAAUACCCUUUUCCAAAUUUACUCUCUUCCGGGGUCUUCCUCCCGAUUCUUCUCACUCCAAUUUCCCAUUCACUCUCUCAGAAAAAUGCCUGCUUGGUGGGGUAGAAAAUCCAGCAAGAACAAGGAGCAACAGCUCCGCCAAGAUGCCCACCCACCCGGUAAGGAUGAUUCCACCAAAUCUUCCCUCAAGAAGAGGCCCAAAGACAAGCCCAAGAGCUUCGACGAUGCCCUGGUCUCCCGCAAUUCGCCCCGAAACAGCAGGGACUUCAGUGGCUUGUCGGCCUUUUCCGGCUUCGAUUCUGACCGGGGCCACCCUCUCCCCCGGCCGUCGGUGUCGUCGGCGCUGUCUCUGGGGAUGAUGGAUCACGGAGUCGGAUUGGGAUCUGGGUCGGUCUCCGUUUCCAGUGUGAGCUCGUCUGGCUCUUCUGAUGAUCAUACGCAGGUUGAUCAUGCUCAAUUAGGUGUUUUUAGAGGACAACAUGCUGAGAUCAAGCUCAGUCCGAUGCCAAGAAGCCCAGGUCCAGGGUCACGAGGAAUUUCUACCACCACAUCACCUCUUCAUCCACGAUUGUGCGCUUCUUCAAGUUUGGAGUCUCCUACUGGAAAACAAGAAGAGGGAAAGGGUGAAUGCCAUCGGCUGCCUCUUCCACCUGGUUCGCCUAGCAGCUCUUCUGGUUUACCCUGCACUAGGACUUGUAUGGUAACAGACAACAUACAUUCCAAUGUAAUGCCAAAAUGGAAGAAAGGCAGGCUUCUAGGAAGAGGCACUUUUGGACAUGUUUACCUUGGCUUUAACAGCGAGGGUGGGCAAUUGUGUGCAAUAAAAGAAGUCAAAGUCAUUGCUGAUGAUCAAACAUCAAAAGAAUGCCUAAAGCAAUUGAACCAGGAGAUUGCUUUGCUUAGUCAGCUUUCCCAUCCAAACAUUGUUCAGUACUAUGGAAGUGAUCUGGGUGAAGAGACACUGUCUGUUUACUUGGAAUACGUCUCUGGUGGUUCCAUCCACAAGUUACUUCAAGAAUAUGGUCCCUUUAAGGAGCCUGUUAUUCAAAAUUACACUAGGCAAAUUCUGUCUGGGCUUGCCUACUUGCACGGGCGAAAUACAGUACACAGGGACGUCAAAGGGGCAAACAUACUAGUAGAUCCCAAUGGUGAGAUCAAACUUGCAGACUUUGGCAUGGCCAAACAUAUAACGGCUUGUUCUUCGAUACUGUCUUUCAAAGGAAGUCCUUAUUGGAUGGCACCUGAGGUUGUCAUGAAUACAAAUGGCUACAGCCUUCCAGUUGAUAUUUGGAGUUUAGGAUGCACAAUUCUUGAAAUGGCGACAUCAAAACCACCUUGGAGCCAAUUUGAAGGGGUGGCUGCUAUAUUUAAAAUUGGAAACAGUAAAGAUAUUCCUGCAAUUCCUGACCACCUCUCAAAUGAUGCAAAAAGUUUCUUAAAGUUGUGCCUGCAACGGGAUCCAUCUGCCCGGCCCACAGCCUUAAAGCUACUGGAGCAUCCGUUUGUCCGAGACCAAGGCACUACAAGAGUUGGCAACAUCAACUUAACCAGGGAAGCCUUUCCUUAUACCGCUGAUGGAAGCCGCACGCCGCAGACAGCUUUAGAGCUACGUUCCAAUCGGACAAAUAUUAGUUCUUCUGAUGGAGACCGUGUAACAAGACCAAUGCAUGCAACAACCUCACGAGCUUUGAUGAGUCCGAGGGAAAACGCAAGAACGAUCACAUCUUUGCCCGUGUCUCCUUGCUCAAGCCCAUUGAGACAUUCUGGACCAGCAUACCGGAGCUGUUUUCUCUCUCCCCCGCACCCUUCUUAUGCGUUGAUGGGGCAAGGCGGUUACAACCUAAAUGACUACUCAAUGCAUCCCAUGAGACCAACCACAACGUACACUCCUGACCCCUGGCAUGAAAUCUCCCAGUUUAAAGCCCAAACGCCCGGUGGAUCCCCAAGACUAAGACACAUUUGAUUGUGUUUAUGGCCGAGGCAAACUGUUCAUACCGUACCAAAAUGCCUUAAAGGAGUACCAAACAUGUGCAAACUAUAAGAAUUUGGUCAGGGGGGGAUGAUUAAGAUAAAGAUAGAAGCCAGGACAGACAAUAGUUUGUAUAUCCCGGGCAGUAAUACCGACACCAGAUGAGCGCGGGAGAUGGGGAGUGGCAUCUGGGGCGGGUGUAACGGGGUUCCAGAAUGUACUAUAUGGGAUAUAUGGAAUUUGUUGAUGUAAAUGGAAGGUCUUGAUCAAA